CAGGAAAAAAACUGAAUUCCUCUUCCGGGUGUGUUUGAUUGUCUGCACGUUUACUUAAACUUCCCGAAACAAAAGUCCGGGAUUCGCGCUGCGACCUCGGACCGGGAGAGUCUGGCGGCGCGAGGCAGCGGACCGACGGAGACGGAGGUUCGGUUACCGGGCGCGAGCCGCGGAAAACGGAGGCGCGAGCGCCGUCGCUCCGGUUCGUUCGUUUUAAAAAAUAAGUUUUAGAAUGUUUUUUUUACAUAUCGCCUCAAGUUGUUUUUAUUUAACUCAUUUUGGUUAAAGUAUAACUUUGCGUGAUGGGAAAGCGGUUUGUCACGUGACUGGCUGCAGAAAGAGGUCACGGACCCGGGAUUCAAACCGACACACCCGUCAUCAUUUGCAGCCUUGCUUUACAUGACUGACACACGACCAAACAGGAGGAUCCAGAGGAGAAGAAUGAUGGAGCCAUCAGAAGAGAACCAUGUGGGUGUGGAGUCCUCAGAGGAGGAGGGGGAGGCUCCUCCUAAGGAGGAGGAGCAGAGCGAGUGCGGCCACGGCGGCGGAGAUGACGACAGUCCCGCCCACUCGGCUGAAGCGGACGUCACCGUGGAAACGGAUCAGAGCAAAGACGUCUCAAUGCCGGCUCGGUCGACUUCAACUGUGGUGGUUCUGGGCAGCAACAAAAUCCCGGCCAGCGAGAAGUUCCAGAGAGUCCGCAAGUGGAGCAUCAACAAAUUCAAGUGCACGCGGCAGGCUCUGUCGGAGAAGCUCGGGCGCGGAUCCAAAACGGUGGACCUGGAACUGGAGCCGCGCCUGGAUCUGCUGAAAGACGACCGGCAGCGCUACGACCACAUGACCAAGCUGGCCCAGUCGCUGGCCAAUCAGCUCGCUCAGUUCAGCGCCACGCAGAAGUCGCUCGGGGACGCCUUCACCGAGCUCAGCUCCAAAUCCCCGGAACUCCACGUGGAGUUCGGCGUGAACGCCGAGGCCCAGAAGCAUCUGUCCAAGAGCACCGAGGCUCUGUCGGCGGCCGUCGGCGCCUUCACCGCCGACAUGAACACCCUGGUCAACAAGACCAUGGAGGACACCAUGAUCAACGCCAAGCAGUACGAGGCCGUCAGGAUCGAGUACGAUGCCUACAGAGUCGACCUGGAGGAGCUGAACAUGGAGCCGCGGGACGCCGACACCCUGCCCAAGUUGGAGGACGCCCAGAAGAACUUCCAGGCUCAGAGGGACCGGUACCAAAAGGUCCGAGACGACCUGUCCGUCAAAGUCAAGCUGCUGGAGGAGAACCGGGUCAAAGUCCUGCAUAACCACCUGUGGCUGCUCCACAGCGCCAUGGCGGCCGACUCCAUAUCGUGUCACAGUUUUCUGCAGCAGAACAUGCGACGGGCGGAGAGCCUCCACAACCCCAGCUUGGACGCGUCGUCCUGGCUGGAGGAGGACAGCUGACUCGGCAAAACGAAAACCUCAGCCGGCGGCGCUUCGAGGACGCGGAGAAGAACGGAUCGGACGGCCGCAGAGGGGAGGGUUUCCAUGGAGAUUUAAGGGAUGAAUGAGUGAAUGUUGUUGGUGAAACAGGGACUGUGGGGUCUGAGAAGGUCUAGAAAUCUUUAGAAAAAUGUGGCGAGGUUUUUCCCAAAGCGGCGCUCUGCGGAGCCUCAAAACGCCACGUAAUUGGAUUUGGCUCCCAGGAACAGCGCCCCCCUCAGCUGGCUUUUGUCUGGCUGUGCGAGUAAAUCCACUAAUCCUCAGCGAGACACUAAGCUUCUCUUUGAACUUAAUGAAUCCGUGGCGAGGAACCUGCAGGGGCGUUCUGGCUCCAGAGGAGAGACGGGGGCCGAGGAAGCCCGUUCUCCUCGCCGCUCCGUCUUUUGGUGCUAAACGCCGUUUAGGUUGUUUUUUUUUGUCUUUUCCUGCUGAUUCCAGACAUUUGUGAAAAACUUCCAGCAGGAAAAGUUUAGAUGAGCUUUAAACUGCAACCAGCUUUGAGUUCAUUAAAGCAGCAGAUUCUCCUCAGAAAGACCAAAUGUGAUCUGAUUUUUCUUGUCUUUGGUUUGAAUUUAAGCUUCAGUUUAUUCCUGAUGAACUCCUUUUUUCUGCUUCUUUAAAGAAUUUAGUGUUUUCAUUUCUUUGCAGGAAUUUUGCUCAAACUUAAAGCCAACUUUUCGCUGCAAACCAAAGCUUUCUUUAUACUUGUAAUAAGCUCGGUUCUUUUUACAAACUGGAGCCUCUUCUGUGCAUUUCCUUUAAGUCACUGUUGACUUUGAACCAGAAACGUCAGGAAAUGCAGUGAAAAAAAGGGAUGGAUUUAGUGUUUUCCGUUAGUUCUACUUCCUCGUACGUCGCUGGCUGAAACGUUUGAUCACCUUUACUUCUGCUUACGGAGCUAAUCUAUCGUCUGCGCUUCAGCAUAAUAAUUAUUAUUAGUGGUGACUUUGGGAACAAAUAAGUAUUUAUGGAUGUAAACUUUGCUUUGAAAAUGUUAAAAAAUGCAAAAGCUUGUUUGAAAAACUUUAUUUUCUGCUUUCAGAAUGUCUUUUCUUUCUGUUAUUUAUUUCUAAGACUGUUUUUUUGUGCUGUAGUGGUUCUAAAUGUUUGGUUUUCUGACGGUUUACCUUGAACGCAUCUCAGAUGAGGAAUGUUUUUGUGCAAUAAUCUGGUAAAAACUGCUUACAGAAUGACUUUCUUUUUGAAUUCUAUUUGAAUUGGCAGCAUUUGUGGGUUUUGAGGCCUAAACGGUUUACUUCCCUGAAGUUUCCGUCCUGCCGCCGUCGCGGAGGUGUGCAGAACGGACCAUGGAGCAGCGGCGAGGACGGCGGGCGGCACUGUCAUCUGACGUCACGCCUCGUUGGGUUUCCUGUUUCUCAGAACGCCGUCCACGUUCUGAUCUGCUGGUACUAAAGAGGCUUUCUGAAAUAAAGGUUCCAGAUGAUGCGUGAAGGUUUGGCGCCAAACGCAGGACUCUACUCAUCUUUACAAAGUUCUUUUUGUUCCAAAACUGCCAAAUAAAUACACUUCAGUGGGGGAAAUCAUUGUUUUUUUAUCCUCUAAUGUUCUGUUUCUAUCCUUUUACUUUAGAAUUCGGUAAAAAUUAUGAAUUAUGACUUGUUCUUGAGUUUGGAAAAGGGAAUUUAAGACCAAAGAUUUAAAAUAAUGUGUUUGAAAUCUAGAAGUGAUGUGAAAUCUGAGAAAAAUUAUGUACAACUCAAAUAAAAAAACAGCUUCCACGACUGCAAAAAAA